AUGUGCUCUGCGAAUCUGCCCGCUGACGCAAGCCUUCACACCUUGGACUGGAUCCAUAUAUCUUCUAGAGAUAUCAACAAGAAGAGAAAUACCUACACUCAUGCGCACCCAAGAACUUCUCCUUCCCCUCAUUGCACGCUCUUCUUUUUUGUCAUGGAUCAGCCACUAAGCCUAGGAUUUAUUGGCCUUGGGGCUAUGGGUUUGCCCAUGGCCUCCAAUCUCGUCGCCAAGGUGGCGAAUGGUUCUCAAACAUACGUCUACGAUAUCUCAGAGACCUCCAUGAAGAGACUCAUCGAUCAGGCAAAGAAUGCGGAUAUCACAGGGUGCAAGUCUCCGAGAGAAGUUUCACAAAAGGCUGACAUAGUUUUCACAAUGCUUCCAGAGGGCAGCCAUGUGAAAACCGUCUACUUGGACCCAGACACCGGGAUAUUGGGUCCUGAGCUGAAGUCCCGCUUGCUCAUCGAUUGCUCAACUAUCGACACGGAGAUGUCCCAGCUGGUAUCAAACACUAUCAAAUCCCACUUUCCAUCCACAUUCUUCUGCGAUGCACCUGUAUCUGGCGGCACCCUCGGUGCGGAAGCGGCUACAUUGACUCUGAUGACUGGUUGCUCCGAAAAGAAUCCGAACUGGCCAGAAAUUCGCGACUUACUGGGUCUCAUGGGCAAGAAUAUCAUUGCAUGUGGCGGCCCAGGCUUGGGUCUUACGGCAAAGCUUUGCAACAACUACUGCUCGGCGCUCAUUUCACUUGCAACAUCCGAAGCCAUGAACAUCGGGAUGAGAGCGGGCAUUGAUCCUCGACUCCUCGCGCGCGUGUUCUCCAACAGUACUGCACAAAGCACGAUCUGCGACAAGUGGAAUCCUGUGCCUGGCAUCUGUCCAAAUGCCCCAGCAAGUCACGGAUAUCGAGGCGGCUUCAAGAUUCAGUUGAUGGCAAAAGACUUUGGCUUAGCUGUGUCUAUGGCGGAUAAGGUUGACGCAAAGUUGAUUCUUGGUGCUGUUGGCCUCAGAGCCUACAAUGAGGCGAGUCAAGAUUCCAAAUGUCGCGAUCUUGACUCUCGCGUGCUUUACAGAUACAUUGGAGGCAACGAGGACUGGCAAAUGUUCCAAUUUCAUGGGGGCUCAAUUGCCUCAACCGUCUCUCUAAUUGAACAUGCCCAGCAGACUCCCAGUGAAACCGUUGCACCUUCCUCCCUGCGAGCUACUUUGCUACAGCCAAAGCCCGAGUCAAGCAAGGACAUGGCUAGUUCAGACCUACAAUGCCGAUUCCCCACUCCGGUUUACGAAGUGACGGCACGGAAGCAGGACCCCGCCACCAUAAUGCGGGGUGCAUUCGGGUCUCCGUUCCGUGGUGAUGUGGGGUUAUGUGGAGAGAGUCCUCCCUGUGGCAAUUUGGUAGUUGAAAUGAGACCUGCAUCACGUUUCCAGAUUCCGGACCAUUCUCACAGCGUAUCAAUUCUCAAACAACCCACACGUCGGCCCUUUAGCACUGAAAACACCAACAUGGCCGACAAGCUUGCAGCAAACACUGCGAAAGAGGCGGAAGCCCACAAGACACUUUACGACAAAGGACUGAAGCUCCGAUAUGAGGUCGCAGGGACUUCUUACGUCGACGCAGCUCUGGCUGGUGGUUCGUCCGACUUUGCCAGGCCGAUGCAAGAGCUCGUCACAGAAGCUUGCUGGGGUUCGGUCUGGGCUAGGCCAGGCUUGGAGAGAAAGCAGCGAUCUCUCUUAAACAUUGCCAUGUUAUGCGCUCUGAACAGAGCCCCCGGGCUUGCAGCUCAUGUCCGUGGAGCACUGAACAACGGAGCGAGUGAAGUAGAAAUUCGGGAGACACUGCUGCAAGCGGCUAUUUACUGUGGAAUGCCAGCUGGUAUCGAGGGGUUCAAAGUUGCCGAAAAGGUCAUUGUUGCCUGGAACGAAGAAAUGAAGAAGUAA